ACUAUAUUUCUGAAGUUUCAGAACGUUGUCGUGUGGAACUGUGCCCGCCAUUUCUAGUAAAAGUUUGUUGUUAGGUUGAAUGCGUUGUUGAUAUAUUUGCCGAGAGUUAUUCAACCUCAUUGGAGAAAAAUGUCAAAGAAGUUUAGUUUGGGGGAUAAAGUCUUUGCCAAAGUGCGUGGAUACCCCCCAUGGCCUGCAAAGGUUGUUGGAGUGGCAGAUCCAGCUGCAAGUAAAGGGAGGUAUCAUGUGUCAUUCUAUGGAACUGGAGAAACUGCUAUGUGCAAAGUGGAGGAUUUGUUUUCAUAUACAGAGAAUAAAGGGAAAUAUGGAAAACCAUUGAAAAGGAAAGGUUUUAAUGAGGCCCUUGCAGAAGUGGAACAGAUACUGAGUGGGGCAGUUACUGAGAAACCAACACCUGUACCAGCAGCGGGACCUGUACCGGCAUCAGAAACUUCUGAAGCUAAGGCAACAGGAGGGGUUGAAGAUGCAGAUAGUGACCAUGAAUUUGCCCUUGUUAUUGAUGAAACACCGCAGCGUACAACACCUGCAACCAAACAGAAUCGUUCUGCAUCAACAGAUGAAAAAAAGAAGGUUGCUACAAAACGUAAACGUGAAAGUGAAGGCACUGCUGAGCAUGAAACCGAAUCAAAACGCGCAAAGCGAGGGUCAGUGCAGUUCUCCCGAAAAUCAGCUUCUAACACCAGUGAAUCAUCUGUAAAGUCAUCAGAGCCAUCUGUAGCUUCAGUUGUGGGGGCGUCUGCAAAUUCUAAUACUCCAAGUUCUCCUACACAGUCCCCUCCCAAACAAGAACUUGUUAGUAGGUCUGGACGAAAAAUCAAGCCUAAGAAGUUUUUGGAUGAAGAGACAUUUGAAGGAGGACUUGGUGGUGUUCCGGAAACAAAUGGUAGUCCGAAGACAGUGACAACACCUAAACCUCCAGUAGAUGGAGAAGGAAAACAAGUUCCACUUCGUGGUUCAAAGAGGUUGUCAGUUAGAGGCAACAUUUCCACCCCUACAGGUGAACAUCCCAGUCCAGAUGCUGCUGAUGAACAGCCUGAGGCUCAUACUCCACCAAGUGAGAAAAGGUCAGAGCAGAAUGCGACCAACAAAGCUGAUGAUUCUUAUCCCAUAACAGGUGCUGAAACAGUGAAGGAAGUUAGUAAGGACAGUGAAACAGCAGCUAAUGAAGCAGAAGGCGAGAAUGUGAAUCCCAGUCCUUACAAAGGAGUAGUGUUGAUGGCAAAAACACUUUCAGGGCAUGUUGUUGAAAUAAAGGUGGAUCAGGAUCGCCCAAAGUCUUUCAAGAAUGAGAAGGCUCGAAUGAUGUGGGAUGAGGCAGUGUACCGUAAUGCACUUCGAUUAAAAUCACAAAUUGAGAGAGGAGAGUUCAUACCUGAAGACAUCAAGAAACAAAUAGAACGUAAUAUCCAGAUGAAAGAGGAAGAAAAAUCUAUUCUUAGGAAAGAUCGUAUUGUAGACCGAAAGAAGAAUAAGAUUAAGUGGAUGAAAUUGGAAUCACGCCUUGUAGAAUUGGAUGCACUAGUUAAAUCUAAUCUUAGUUUAACUAGGGCUGAUCCAGACCGCUGCUUGGCUCAUCUGGAUGAAAUCUCAACACUUACAAUUGAUCCCCUUAUGUUGAAGAAACAUCCUCAAGUAGUAGAAACUAUCAAAAAGCUGAGAAGAUACAUUGGGAAUAUGGGUGAAUGGAAUUAUAAUGAAGAGCAGAAAGCAAACUUUGCAACAAAAGCUGGUCAGAUAAGAGAUAAAGCAGAUCACAUCUAUAACAGGUUCAAAACAAUGUUCACCGUCCCAGAAGGUAGAACCUUCUGGCAGGCAUUUGCUGACCAUGUAACAUUAUUCAAGCAGCAUACAAGCCAUCUUAGUCCAGAUAAGAUGUAUUCCCUCACUGUGGACCCUGUUGUAAGCAGAAGCAACGCAGAAUCAGGAUCCUCAGAAGGAGAACAGACAGAGAAUCGUAGAUCCCAAGAUGAAUGGGCUCUAGAGGACUCUGAAGGAGAUGAAGAGAACAGAGCACCAGUAGAAAAGUUGCCAGGUCAGGAUGAAGCCAGACGGAGAUGAAGCUGCUUCUACAAUGCAGGUAAUGUAAUCUACAUGAUUAACUUGGGUAUUUGAAUCUGCAGUAUAUUUACAUGUGUAACAUUUUCACAGUAAACUGCUGAGUAGGUGACAAGUAAUGCAUAAAGUAAUAUAUAUUAGAUUCCACACUGAUGUGGCUGAUCACCUGAGUAGACUUUGUUGUAUACUAUCGCCGUGAAAACUUCAGAACAUGUGUAAUAUAUAUUGCUUGUAAUGACAUUGAUUCUCCUGCCAUCCUCAUUACCAUAAGAAGAAUCAAGCAGCAGUUUAGUGAUGUUUGAUUUUGCUAUAGGUGAUCUAGUGUCACUUUUUCUUUUCAUACCAGUACAAUGAUUCUCAUUAAUAUGUACCAUUUUGUAUUUUAGGUUAGUACCUUUGUACAAUAAUAAGUUAAAUGCAGUAUAAGAAUAUAAAUUCACCGCUUGAUCUUAAAAGUUACUCUCUGUCCCUCUCAUGAUAUUGGCAUCUAUUUCUGUUUAUAACAUAGUUCCAAACCCUUGUUCCUUGUGGAAUAUUGUAGACGUUGAAGAUAGGAAAGGUACUUGUCCACCUUCAGCUUUGUCUCGCAUACAUAUUCUUGUACAGUGUGUUCUUAUGGGAUGUGACACUGUGUAGCAUCUCAAGUGAUUGCUAACAUUUGGAGAAACACGCUGCCUCCAUUUUCAUCUCUCAGGCUACACGGUGCCAUAACCCAGAAAGCCUAAAUAUAAAUCACUGCCAUUGAAACCUCAAAUCUGGUAUACAUAUUCUUGUAACAAGGAUGAUUUGCCCUUCAGUGUGGUAAUUGUUUCCAGGUAAAAUAAUAACAUACAGUUGGAUGGUUAUAAACAUAUUAAUAAUUGAUUUGAACAUUCAGAAACAGUCACCAGUUUUGGUAAAAAUAGUUUCAUGUAUGUGUGAAAUAGUGGGGAUCUUCCUUAUUAGAUGUAUGUAUUAGAUCCAAAGUCAGGGUAGGAGGGCAAAGAAGGCUCGACAUAGGGUUGAUCAUCUGUGGCAUACUGCAGUGAGUAGCCAAAGAUAUGCAAUUUUUCUGAUAUAGUCCUCUUCACCUAAACCUGCAGUUGCUAAUUCAACUUGUUGGAUCUGUGAACUAUACAGUGUUACAACUCAGAAGAUCAUAUUCUUUGGUAUUCGGUUUACUGACUCAGCUGUGGCCUGAUUGGAAACCCAGAGGGUUGAGAAAACCUGGGGAACAGUUUUAAUUUAUUUUUUUUAACAUAACCACUGUAAAAUGCUAAAUUGAUGACAUAUUUAAAGCUAGGUUUGGAUUCUGUCUUCAUAAACAGUAUUGUAAUAUGGAGGCCCUACCAAAAAAUUGAAGUUACUGUUUAGUAAACAGUUAAAUUACUGGUCAUUAAAAUUAUAAACUCCCUUCUGUUAGAUGUCUUCCUUAUCUGCAGGCUCUGACUACUGGCUGUUUUCACUAAGAUCUCUCUUCUCUGGCCUCUACAUUUUCAGUUUUUUUCUCAUUGAAGGUCACUGUGACAUGUACAACAUAUGCAUUGAGAUGGUAAUCCUUUAAUCAUGAAAUACAGAUCUGUCCAAUGUAUGCUCAGUUAUGCCACCUUGUGUAUAUCUUUAGUAGUCAGUCUUAAAACAGCCUGUGAAAUUUAGAAGUGUAUUAGUAAUACUGUUAUGCAAAGCAGUCCUUAUGUAAAGGAGUAUUGUAUAUAGUAUCUGAUAGUGUGUUCCUCGGAACACCCAGUGUCUGAAAUCUUUUUUCAUCUCUUCCUUUUAUGUUAGUAUAUGUAGAAUCCAGCCAAGUGUUUAAUUUUAUAGUUUGUAUUUACUUUUAACACCAGGAACUAAACUUAGUUUUACCUUGUGAGUAUAGUAUCAGUUUAAAAGAUCUAUGAAUAUAGUUACUAAUAUAAUUUUCUUUUGCCUAAUUGAUUAUAUUGUUUUAUGUCAUAAAACUGAAUAAAACCAGGCAUUGUGAGUAUUUUCAUAUUCAAUUACAUUCGUGUUUGUGGUCUGUAUGGCUGUCAUAAAUAUAUAAAAUGUAUUAAUUUUAA